CUUCACUACCAAUCCAACUGCCAAAAGGUUCCAUAAAUUUUCUCAUACUGGCCCAUGUGAUUCAAUAGGGUAGCUGCUCCUUGACCUCUAAUGACUAUAAGAUCUGAUUUUGAUGUCACUGUUCUCUGUUUCAUCUAAAUUUUUUCGACAGAGAAGAAGAACAGUUGAAGGGAAGGAUGAAGAAGUCUCCGAUAUACCCAAAUUAUGAUUCUGGGGAUUAUUAUGGUUGUGAGUUCGAUCUUCAGGUGGAUUUUACUGAGUUCUUGGAAGAAGCAAGGAAACAUACAAGUGAAGGGAACUUUGAUGUUGCCCCACCAUAUCCAGAAGAAGAGGGAAAGAAACAAUUGGUUGAAGUUGGAGAGAGAAAGAACAAGAAAUCAUGGAAAAGUUCCCUAUUUUCAUGGUUGAAACCUGACAAGAAGAGCAAGCCCAUUGUGGAACCAUCAAACACCACUCCUUACAUUUCUAAGCCAAAACGUGGUUAUGUUUCUGGUCCAAUACAUGGUAAUGGAGGAGGUGGUGCCAUUGGCAGGCCUCGACGACCGACCUCAGGACCCAUCAUGAGUCUGUUCAACCCGACAAAGAAGGUUGAGAAUGAGAUACCAUAUAUGUGUCUUGAUCAGCUUAACAAUCCUCAUGGUUUUCAAUCCUAUGGGCCUGUCUAUUUGGUUACUUAGCAAAUCUACAUCAGACCAUUGUUGUCCAAGGAUUGGCAAAAGAUGAAUCUAUUUAUUUUUCCUAGAUUUUCUGGGUUAAUCGGCAAGAAUGUCGGUAAGUGAGAAGUGUAAUACUACAGUGAUUGUGUAGUGAAAGCAAUAUGUUUGUGAAAGUUGAAGGCAAGCUAUGAAUGUGCAUACAAUUGAGUUGUUUGAUGCAAAAAUAUGGCUUGCCAGUGCUCUGUUUUAUGAUAGAAGAAUACUGGAAUUGAACUGUGAUUCCUAUCCCCACUGUUACAUUUCCAUGUUUCCUCUCUUUCCCUAAGCAUAGCAGAGGGAGAGAGACAGAGAGAGAACUCGGCCUUGAGUUGUUUAUGAUAUCU